ACGUACAACUUCCUGGUCAGUGGGCAGCCAGCGGAAGAAGCGGUGCAUGAUGGGAGGAAAGAAAACUGCGCGCGGCGCAUGGUGGGAUACAGGAAGUGCGCUGCUGGGAGCUGAGCUGCAGAGAGUAGGUUACAAUGCUGCGCAGGAAGCCCACCCGUCUGGAGCUGAAACUGGAUGACAUUGAGGAGUUUGAGAGCAUCAAAAAGGAUUUAGAGGGUCGCAAAAAGCAGCGGGAGGAGGUGGAUUUAUCCGCAACAGAAACGGAUGCAGCCGUGGCCCUCAAUAGUGACCCCAAGAACAGAGAGCAAACCAUUCACGACCGGAUCGGCUACAGGCCACAGCCCAAACCAAACAGGCACACUACUCAGUUUGGCAACUUUGAGUUCUAAGGAGCGGAGUCAAACCGAACUCUUUAUCAGUGACUGAAUAUUUGGGGCUUCAGUGGGGGGGUUGCAGAAUCAGAUGUGGACUAAUUUAUCAUUUUAUUUUGUGUAUUAAAGCAGCAUUCAUACAA